AUGCGUGUACCAGCAGAGCGGUCUAAAAAAAAUAAGAAAACUCCAAAUCCUCAAGCUAAUAAAUCAACUCAAGAUAAUGAAAAUCAUCGAGGAUUUGAAUAUCCUGACGUUAAUGAAAGUAAAGAACAAAAAUCGAUAACUUCUGACAAUCGGUCAGAUAUUUAUCAUUCUUCCGAUAAUAAACUCGGAGAACCAGUCCCGAAUAAUGCAGCCGCCUUUAUGCCUGAACAAACCGGAGAUUUGAAAAAUAUUGCUUCUCCUGUCUCAGCUGGGCAAUUUAAAACAAAUACAAUUAACGAAAAUAGUAAAUCAACACAAAAUCCAUAUCUUCACGAUGAUGAAAAAGAAGAAUUGGCAAACUCUGAUUAUUUUUCAGACUUUCAACAGUAUCUCCUUGGAGAUUCAGUUCCCAAGUCAGUUGCGCAAACUAGAGGUGUGAAAAAUAUCGCUGCUCGUCCCUCUUGGCUUGAGCCUAAUCAGAGUUCAUUUGAUCCAUCUGGUCAACUUGAAGCGAAUACUCAGCAAUAUUUUGAAUAUGCUACAAAUCGGAGGGAAAAUAUGACGGGUUCUAUAAAACAAAGUUCAACAGAUCAUAAAGAAAAUUCUAACAAUUAUUCGAAUACUCGUCCUGAUCAGUCAUAUGAUCAUAGAUUCUCCACUGAUCAUACUUGGUCCUUUACAAGAAAUCAAAGGGAAAAAUCUAAGGAAACCAAAAAAGAAAAUUUGUCAAAUCCUACAAAAAAUCCCAUCACAAGCUUUGAAUACCCGGAUCAAGACAACUCCCAUUCGAAUAUUCGCGAUGAUCGUCAAUAUAGUCAAGAUCAUUCACCAUUUAAUCGUCAUAUUCCUCCAAUAACAACAAAUACGAAGGAAAAUUUAGCUGAUUUUAAAUCUCAGCAAAAAAAUAACUUCUAUUCGCAUACUAAUAAUACUUUGCCUCAAUUGACUGGAAAUCGGGGAGAAAAAUCUAAAGAAAUCAAUAAUCGAAGUUCAAUCGAUCUUUCCAAAAAUGUUUCUCAAAAAAAUCUCAAUGAUCGUCAACAUAUUGCUUCUAAUCCCAAUAAAAGGUUCAACGAUCGUCCAGAUUCAGUUACUGAUUAUUCACCACCAAUGAAGAAAGAGCAACUUAAUCGUCCACAUGGUUAUUCAUCUGAUUAUGAUGCUUCAUCAUCUCGAUUGACUGGAAAUUGGGGAGAAAAAUCUAAAGAAAUCAAUCAUCGAAUUUCACUCGAUCUUACCAAAAAUAGCUCUCAAAGAAAUCUCAGUGAUCAUCAACAUGUUGCUUCUAAUUCCAAUAAAUGGUUCAACAAUCGUCCAGAUUCAGUCACUGAUUAUUCACCACCAAUGAAACAAGAGGAAAUCGAUAAUCAAACUUCACUCGAACUUAGCAAAAAUAGUUCUCAAAGAAAUCUCAGUGAUCAUCAACAUGUUGCUUCUAAUUCCAAUAAAAGGUUCAACAAUCGUCCAGAUUCAGUCACUGAUUAUUCACCACCAAUGAAACAAGAAGAAAUCGAUAAUCAAACUUCACUCGAACUUAGCAAAAAUAGUUCUCAAAGAAAUCUCAGUGAUCAUCAACAUGUUGCUUCUAAUUCCAAUAAAAGGUUCAACAAUCGUCCAGAUUCAGUUACUGAUUAUUUACCACCAAUGAAACAAGAAGAAAUCAAUAAUCAAACUUCACUCGAACUCAGCAAAAAUAGUUCUAAAAGAAAUCUCAAUGAUCAUCAACAUGUUGCUUCUAAUCCCAAUAAAAGGUCCAACAAUCGUCCCGAUUCAGUUACUGAUUAUUCACCACCGAUGAAACAAGAUCAACUUGAUCGUCCAUACGGUCAUUCAUCUGAUCAUGAUACUUCAUCCCUUCGAUUGACUGGAAAUCGGGGAGAAAAAUCUAAAGAAAUCAAUAAUCGAACUUCAAUCGAUCUCUCCAAAAAUGUUUCUCAAAGAAAUCUUAAUGUUGCUUCUAGUCCCAAUACUCGAGAUAAUAAUAGUCAGUUCAACAAUCGUCAAGAUUCAGUUGCUAAUCAUUUGCCACAAAUGGAACAAGAGCAAAGCCAUUAUGAACAAUAUUUCGCAGUAUCUUUUCAUGUUCAUAUGCCAUCAAGUUUGAAAAAGGAGAACAAAAUUACUGUACUUGGAAAUAUUCCCGAAUUGGGAGAAUGGAAAAAUAUUUGCGUUACUUUUCGUUAUUAUGGCGUUGGCUAUUGGAUUUCAGAGCCUAUCAAAAUUUCCAUGUCUUCAUUAGCUAAACUUGAAAACGUCUAUUAUAAAUAUGCUAUAUUGAAGACACGAUCUUCUUGGAUAGGCAAAAAAGAAACCACAGCGUCUUAUGAAGGUUCUGGUCCAAAAGAUAAUCGAGUAUUAACUUUAGGAAAAGAGAAUUAUUAUGAUAUUUGGAUGGGAAAUUCUGAAUAUCCUAUGAGAAAUCUUAAAGAGUGUCUAUUUGUCAAAGACAUUUACUCGUCUUUGAGUGAAGAUAAUCUAAAGUAUAAGAUAAUGGAAUAUCAAUCAUUAAGAGAAGCAUAUCGAAAUUUAAUAAUCUCUACCACCAAUUUGAAUUUUAUUGAGAAUCAUGCGAGGGAGGUCAAUACAUCCAAUCAAAAAAUAUUUUUAUGCAUACUUUUAGGCUACCACAUAGAACAUAAUGCAAAUCACAACUUUCAAGAUAUCUUUAAACUUCCGGAAUCUUUUCCAUCUAUUCCUUUGCUAGAAUGUCUCAGUAAAAUUACUUCGGACUCAUUGCCUACUAAUUCGCCACACUUACUUUCGCCUGCGAUCUCGGCUCUAGUAAGACAAAAUUCAUCACCAAAAUUCAACGGAUUUGAGUGGAUGAAUUUAUUUGCUGCGGCGCCUGUAGUCGAUCCUAAUUACAAUUUUUUGAAUGAUGUACAAAAAUGGGAAUGUGACGAAAAUAAUUCAAUACUACUUCAAGAUUGUUUAGAAAACAAGGUAAAGCCAGUAAUUGAUAAUCUAGAAUUAACUAACGUUUAUAUGAAUAUAGUCAAGAAACUUAUUUCUCUCACCACAACCAUCGACAUGGUUGCCUUUUUAUGGCAAGAUAUAAUUCGCUCGGAAUUCACGAGAGAUUCUUUUCUUUAUUCAGAUUUCCAUGAUCACGUGCGUGAACAUUUUUACAAGUUAAUUGCCUCGAAAAAUGCUGAGGCUUUGCUCGAGUGUCUCGAUAUAAUGCCAAAGGACUUUAAUAGUUUAGUAGCACCGAAUAUUCGAAGCAAAGUUUUUGAAAUUUUAAAUAAUCAAAACUAUCACUGGACCAAAAAGAGUGUUGAUGCUAUUUCUCGCUUAUUAUGCGAAGAUAGGCUUUUUUGGACCACAGAUAGCGCGUUUCGAGCUUUGGAUCUCGUCAAUAAAUCUCGAGAGUUUCAUUUAGUAGAAAAUUUCCCAAGAUUUUUGCAAAAUAUGAUGGAAUCUGUGUUUGAAUCUAAAGAACAAAGUUUUUGGAGAAAACUAACCACCGUUUGCACCAAAUGGUAUCAACAUAUGCUCCUUAUUGAUAAUGUAGCGGGACGCCAAGCCAAUGGAAACGUUGUCAAUGAGAUGUUCUUUUAUCUUUCACAAAUCUAUCCAAUUGUUGCGGAAGUCGAGUCGAUAACUGACCGUUUGCAAGCUAUUGCAAUUAAGCAGGCUGAACACUACAACCAUGACCUUGUGUUCAGAGCAACUUCUUUAAUUGGCAAUAAUGUGCAUACAAAAGUUCAAGAUUGUUUCGAGAGAAUGAUCAAGAAACGUUUAGACGAUGUAGUUCAAAAAAGCGAUCAAAAACUUUUGGGACAUAUCAUGGACAUUUGUGGUUGUGAUAACCAAAAUCAGUUAAAAGUUCCCAAUAAACUAUCCGAUGAAAUUCUCCUUUAUAUAAUGAAUCGUUUACAGAAACAAAUUUCUGACUCGUCAUCCGCCGGGAAGAUUGUUUCCGAUAACUUUCAUGCUGCUUUACUAGAGUCCUCUGAUUUUUGGGUUGUUAUUUUACAAGCUACUGGCACGGUGAAACGCCUAAAUUCUAAUAUGCUUAUACAAAAAGUUAAAGUUACCAUUGUUCAGCUGGCCGAAACGAUCAAAGAAAGUACUAUCAAAAUAACACUGCUUCGAAAUGUGUUAAAGCAUUCAAAUCAGAAACUAGUUCGGUAUUUUGGAGCUGUCAAAAAUUACAAAGCUAAAAUCACUGAAAAUGAGCUUCAAGCUGUUCGUGAAGAAUAUAUAGGAUUCGAAGACAGAUUUAGGCAUUUAAACGACUUUUAUACUCGUUUCUGCUCGGACUCGAAAUUAAUUGAUGCUGAAGAAUAUUCCAAAGAUAUAGAUAACCGGAUACAAUCAUUUGAAGACAUCACAUUGAGUGAUUUGUCAUCAUCAGAUUAUUGGGAAAUCCAUGAUCCAAUUCUCAAUAUUGCAGAGAAAUCAAAUAUCUUCAUAAAUUCGCAAACUUUUUCGAAUGUUUUUGAAUCCUGUUUGAAAAGCAAAACCGAGGAAUUGUCGGUCCUAACCGUGGCAGAAGACAUUAUGCCAAAUGCAUUGAUAAAAUAUGAGAAUUUAAUAAAAAAAUGUAAUAAUUUGAAAAUGAUCAAAGUUUCUGAUGCACUCCUACUUUGGGGAAACACAAAGAACAUCGAUGAAGAAUUGAAAUUCUUAUCAAAUAUGAAGUACUUGAAAUCACCUAAGGAGUUAAAAGAUUCUAUAAGAGAUCUUGUAUUCGUUCCAAAGUGGAAAGAUCGUCUUGAAAAUUUAACAAAAGCUGCAAAAACAUUGGUCAGUGAAAAAGACGGGAUCGUUGCAAAACUAUGGAAAAACAGUCAGAGUCAAGAAAGGCUUGCUAAACUAUUGAAAAAUAUUCAGAAUCAAGAAAUAUCAUUUGGAGAAUUAUCACAGACUAUAAAAGAAGUAAAUAAAGUCUACGGAGGGAUUAGCGACAAUUGUUGGUCUUUAAUCGAGGAACUUUCAAUAGCGGAAGAGUUUAUUAAAUUUUUAAAGAAGAUUGCAACACACGAUUUGAAAAAUUUGAUUAAUGCCGUCGAUGAUCAUUCAGAUGAGCGAUUAAUUCAAGAAGAUACAGUGUCUUCUUUGAUUCAAGUCAAACAUUUUUUGCUUCCAAUUAUUGACGCUGGUGCAGAAAUAUCGAGCAUCGAGGCUUUUAUCAAAGAACUAACAUCAAUUUCAGACAAGAAUCCCGUAUUAUCAAAAAAGAUUUCUCUUUGCAAUUUGCAUAGGCUUGCAUUAGAAAAUAUGUGUAAUAAUAUUUUAAGCAAAGGGGAAGUUACUAAAAAACGCAUCAAAAAUGCAGUUACGAUAGGAAUUUAUGAAUUUCAACGUUCAGCAAAAGAAGAUAAUUGUAUGGUAUUGUUAACUUAUAACCGGCAGGGCGACCAACUUGCCCAACAAUACUCGCUUAACGAUUUACUAGAUUUGCGAGGACGUGCUUUAUUAAUUGCAAAGUCCGCUAACACUGCUAAACCAAUGGCAAUUGAUGACGAAGAUGAAGACGAUUUCGAUGAGAAUUGUAUUAGUACUUUUGUACAUUAUAUGGAUUUGGUACAAGAAAUUUUAAAGGUAGCAUCAAAAUUAAUUCAAUUAGGACACUUUUUAUAUCGAGAAUUUCAAGAAAAAGUUGAAGUUGCCAAUGAAGGAGAAAUUGAUAGAUUGCUCGAAAAGCUUACCGAUGAUUUGACUGAUUGGGAAACGACGAUCAGUCAAGCACAAGAGCAAUAUUAUUACUUGACAUUUUAUUCAGCACGGCAUAUUUUAACUUUCUACGAUUAUUUUUUCGAAGAUUCGAAAGAUCUUGAAAUUAAAAAUAACUGUGAAAUUCUCUUGAAAUAUGUCAAUCAACAAGCAAAAUUACCUCCACCAGACAAAAACCAAACCAAUUAUGGGACAGUGUCUUUUGAUAAGAUCUUUGGUGAAAUCGGAAAAAUAUUACACGAUAUUUUUGAAGCUACUCCAAAAAGAAAUCGAGACAUUCAUGCAGCAAUAGAUUGUAUUCAUUCUGACGUAGUCAAGUCUGGUCAAUUGUUUGUUGCUUCUUGUGAUAAAAGUCGCAUGGAAAACACAAUCAUGUCACUUGUUGCUAAUUAUCAAACUUAUCCGGAACCUUGGCAAAUUCUUAUAUGUCGCUCAUCUACAACUGCAGAAGAACUUUCUCUUUUUACUAAAAGAUGUUUUUUCGCAGCGAGUAAUGGAUAUGAAAAACGAUUAUUCUGUAUCGCCAAUCUGGAAGUUCUUGAUUUUGAGCUACAAUUCAAUUUAGUAAAUGAUAUACGGGUAUUAUGCGAAACAAAGGAGCAAUAUAAUUUGGCAUUGGUUUGCUGCCCAGAAGGUGGAAUACAUCAUCACAUUCUUGACCAAUUUCGCGAACAUCAUAUAACAAAUGGUCUCGAUGCGCGUUCAAUGGUUAAUAUUUAUGCCGAAAUUUGUCAAGAUGUGAUCUGUGUUUCAUCAGAUUUGUCUGGACAAGGUAAAACCGAAUGGAUUCGUCAAGCGAGUAUGGCGAAAGGGUUAAUACCACGAAGUUUUCUAAUCAGUGAUGACGUUCAGUUUGGGAAACUUGUGCGUCAAUUGAAAGAGAGCAAUUUACGAAAAUUUGAAAGUUUGCAUCUCAAUAUUUUAUCUGUCAACCAUCCGGGUGAAUUGAAUAGGUUCCUCUUUGAAUUAUUGACGUUGGGAAUGGUAUCAAAUGAAGUGGAUAUUGCAGAGCUGCCAAAGACAUCCAUAUUUAUUGAAGUGGCAUCUACUGUGGAUCAAUAUCUUCUUAACUCACUACCGUUUACUAGUUAUCUCGCCAAUGAAGAAAUUGAUUGGAAAGACAAUAAUUUUAUUGUAUCGCUUGAGCCAACAAGUCCCAUACAGGUGGUAGCUCGAUACCUGGAUGCAUAUAGCCGUGGGACUCUUAAUGAGACAGACAUCUCUCUUUCAACGGGUGACCCUAUUCCAGCCAAUCGUUGCAAAGAAUUACUAGAUCAAUACUUUUUCGAUGAAAAUGCCAAAAGCAUAUCUUCAUAUCGUUAUAUAGAAAUCUUUGCAAAUGUACUAGCUGAUCAGUUGAUCCGUAUGUCAGCAAGCACAUAUUUCCAGGUUGAAAACAUUAAGUUAAUGGUCGGAGAAAGAGAACGCGAUAUUCGUUCUUUAUUGGUGCAACAGUUCGUCGAAACAGGCAAAGAAUUCUCAACACGAUCAAUAGCAUCAAAAAUAGCACAAUUAGAAAAUAAGGAAGCAGCUCAAUCGGAAAAUAUUGCCGAAGCUGAUACUGCGCGAUUGGGAGCUAUUUUACCAUGGGAAGAGUCAAACCAUUUACUAGUUGUGUUUUUAUCGCAACCACCCGAUUCAAUUGCGGCGUUUUAUAGUGACAGGGAAAAAGUUCCAGCCAACGUUAAAACUUUAUUACAAAGCCAGCAAGCUCGUAGAAAUUCCGAGUUGGAAGAUUAUCAUGAAAUGUCACCAGAAAUAUUACUUAAUAGAUUGGAAUCACUAGCACGAAAAUCGAUGGAAUUAUUGAUAUUGCCAUCAUAUGCUUUAUCAGCUGACAAUCUUCUAAAGAUGUCUCUUAUCUUAUUAAGAGCACGUGCUCAUAUACCAGUAGUUAUAUGCGGAGAGGCUGGAUGUGGCAAAACCAGCCUCAUUCACUUCUUGUCAAUGAUGGUCGAAGUGGAAUUUGAAGCAUUAAAUUUACAUGCUGGAAUUCAAGAAGAAAAAAUUUUAGAGUCUAUCAGUAAAGCCACUAAGAAAGCCAAAAAAGGAGAAGUGUGGAUGUUUUUCGACGAAAUUAACACUUGUAAUCAUAUUGGGAUCCUCGCUGAUCUGAUAGCGCAUCGAACACUCAACGGAAAACUUAUUCAUCACAAUAUUCGCUUAUUUGCGGCAGCAAAUCCUUAUCGAAUGCGCGUUAAAGCUCAAAGUAGUGCCGGGUUGAAGACAAAGCAAUCACGGUAUGAAGAACGAAACAAUCUGGUAUAUCAAGUGCAUCCAUUACCCGACCAAAUUUUGGAUUAUGUCUGGGAUUAUGGCAUAUUGAAGCGGAAAGACGAAUAUUUAUAUAUCCAAAUUAUGGUUAAAUCGCUUGGGAAAUGGGCGACUGAUUGCGGGCUUCCUGAACUAUUGUCGGAAUCUCAACAAUUUAUUCGGGAGACGGAAGAGCCAUAUAGUGUCAGUUUGCGUGACGUAAAACGUGCCAUAAAACUCGUUAGAUUCUUUUAUGAUAGCUUUCAAGAAAGGGCAAAUCUGAACAAUGUAGAAGAAUUUCAAGAAAGGGCAAAUCUGAACAAUGUAGAAGAAUUUCAAGAAAGGGCAAAUCUGAACAAUGUAAAAAAAUACGAGUACAAAAAUAACCACCCAUGCUUAGCAAACUUUUCAAUUUUUGUUCGUUGCUGCUGCCUUGCCUUAGGAUUAUGUUAUCAGGCGAGGUUGUAUGAGAAAGAUUUACGAUUUUUGUAUCGCAGAAAAAUGGCUGCCAUAUUUCGAGCAAAGAAAAUUAUUAUGUCUUCAGAAGAUUUUAAUAUCAUCAUCAAAGCAGAACAACAAGAUUACUUUGAUCGUAUGACAAUUGGACCUUCUAUUGCUGCAAAUUCAGCGCUUUUAGAAAAUAUACUAGUGAUGAUAGUGAGCAUUUUAACACGUAUACCAGUAUUUAUUAUAGGAGCUCCCGGAAGCUCAAAAUCCUUGGCUAUGCGACUUAUUAGUCAAAAUCUACGUGGAACGGAUUCCAGCGACCCUUAUUUUCGAAAAUUACCUGGGGUGUAUGUUGUUCCACAUCAAGGCUCAUCAUCUUCAACCUCGGAGGGUAUUCUCAAAGUCUUUGAUAAGGCUCAUAAUUAUCAAAAGACUAGUUCCAAAGAGUUUAAAUCGGAUUCUGAUCCAGAAAAUUCAAAAAAAUUUUUAGAUUGUCCUGAAGUUUCCGUUAUUGGCAUUAGUAAUUGGCGACUAGACAAUAGUAAAUCAAGCCGAGCACUUCUUGUCCAACGACCUAAAUUUGAUAGAGAUGAUUUAUUAGAAACAAGCAAAAUAUUACUCGGGAAUAAAGCAGAUAAUUUUAACCAAUCGAAAUAUGAAUUUUUAGCUGAUGCUUAUUUAGCUUAUGAGAAAGAUCAAGAUCAAAAUCCAGUUUAUCCUAAUUUUCAUGCGAGUAAAAUACAAGAAGGGUUGGUCCGUAAUUUUGGAGGCACUGAAAAAACGCAGGAAUUGUGCGAAAAAUACUUUGGAAGAGUUUUAAGGAGUUUCAAUGGUAACACAUACGAUUACCGGUCAAUUCCGGUAGAUGAAUUAAUUAACGCGAAUUUAGAUGACAAAAACGCUCGACAUCUAAUGGUUAUUGGGAAAAGUGACUCCUUAAUAGAUAUUUUAGCAUAUCAACUGCGUCAGAGAAAUUUGAACCCAGUGGUAAUCUGCGGUUCCCAAUUUCCGGAUGACAAGGAAGAUUAUUCAUAUGCUGUUCUGAAAAGAAUUAUGAUGUGUGUAGAAGCUGGUCGUCCCUUAAUUUUAAGUGAUUUGGAACCAAUAUAUGGGAGUCUUUACGAUUUGUGGAAUCAAAAUUAUUAUACUGCUGGUACAAAGGCAGAUCCAAAGCAUUUCACUCGAGUAGCUUUAGGAGCCUACUCAAAUCCAAUGUGUUUUGUACACGAAAACUUUCGAUGUAUUUUGAUUAUGGAUGAGACGAGGCUAAAAUUUGCGGAUCUUCCUCUUCUCAACCGGUUUGAAAAACAACGAAUGAAUAUGAAUGACACGCUUAACGAAAAUCAAAAACAUCUUGUAGAGGUUCUUGCUUUUUGGGUUCGACAAAUUUCAACGUUGGCAGAAAUGGAUUUUUCGGAAAAUGAUAUGUUUAUCGGGUUUAAUGCCGAGGAAACUGUGCAGAGUUUGGUCAUUGAUAAUUGUCAAAAAAAUCCUAAUCUAGAUAAUGAAUCUAUUAUGGAGAAGUGUAAAGAAUCUCUUAUUUCGAUUGCAACCUCUGAUGGGAUAGUUCGAUCUGAAAAGUCGGUUUUGGCCACCGCAGAUCGAAAUGAAGUGGCAUAUUGGAAAAACUUCUACCUUGUCCAUCAAAGACAUGACAGUCUUUAUGCUUACUUUGAAGAUUUAUUACGAAGGGAAAACGAUAAUUUUGCAACAAAAAGCCACCAAACUAUUAUAAACACCUUUUCCAAUAUUCACACGGAUGUGCAAUCAAUCUUGGAAGAUUUAGUCACAUGUCAAAUUGAAAAAUUAUCCACCUUUAAGACAGAAGCUCAACUGCAAAAUCGUAUAAAGCAUUUCUGGUUAGAAUCUGAUUCGCAGCUAUUGAUUUUGCAAUGUAAUGUGUCAGUAUCGAAAACUAGAUGCAUCAAAUUGGCAAAAUUUAUUAUAGAACAACUCCGGUCAGAAUACCUCGCUCGUCAUCAGCAACCUAACAAACAUGCGUGUAUCAUUCUUCAUACUCAACGUAAAAAUGAAAUUAAUUCUUGUUCAUUCAGCUUUAUGUGCGGCUGGGAACAAAUCACUAUCGAGCUACUUACUCCACAAGAGAAUACCUUGUCUAAUUUGCUCAAUGGCAAUCUCAGUGAUACUAUUGAAUUCUCAUAUCCAUUCCAAAAUAUCUUUCAAGAAGAACUUUUGUGGUGUUUAUCCUGUAUUAAAUAUCCUUCGACGCCAAAAUCAGUUGCUCAUCUAAGACACUUACUUCAAGAAAUACCAAACCACCCGAAUUUUAUAAAUAUUAUAAAGGCACGAGUGCAACAAUAUUUAUUAGAUUGUGACUCUAAUAAUUGGCAAUUGCAGGUGGCUUCCAACAAAAGAUCUUUAUACUUGUACUCGUCUUUAUUAGCCGCACUUCAAUCUCAUGUUAGAGAAACGAUUCGCAAACCGAUCGCCAAAAUUUUAUGUAGUCUUGAGCGAUUAUCUGCCAUACGAACAUUUCUUGAAAUCGAUAAUGGAUCUGAAGAAAACAAUCUGUCCUCAUUUUGGGGUGAAAUGUUUAUGGACAAACGAAUUGUAAACAUCGACUUACUACAGGAACCAAAACCGGAUACGUUCAUAAUGGCCAAUGCUCAACACAAAUUACGUUUCCCAUUCUCAUUGUAUUUUUUCAAACGCAUCAACAAUUUCGAAAAGUUUUACCGAGAAGAAGUGUCGCUGCUUUCUGAGGAUGAUAAUAAUCUUGAUGAAGAAUCAGGGCUUUUGAAGCAUAUUAUGGAAAAUCUUCAAAAUAGUUUCACAAAGAAAAUUUUGGCGGCUGUACCUGCACUUCGUUCUCCUCUUUUAGUUCAUUCCAUGAAAUCAUAUUAUAACGAUUUUAUCACAAUCCUGUCAUCCGAAAUAAUUGGCAACAACAUUGAAAAACUAAUGGCCUAUAUUGUAAGAUCUGAACUUUCCGAAAAUGAUAUGUAUAAUCCCAUAAAGCUUCAUAUCUAUUGGUGGAAUAAUGGCGAUUCUAUGACGAGCAAAUUAAAUCUCGCAAAACUAUGCCCAAACGUUGUAGAAACUAUGUUAUCAAAUGAAUAUUUCGGGGAUAAUACUGAUUAUCUUCUGCUGCAAGUAAUAAAUAUGAUUUUUGAAAAAUUCUACGAUCUUGCAAACGAAGAACAAGAAAAUGAGAAUGAAGAAGCUCAGAUACAACACAAAGAAAAUAUUCGAAAUUGGCAACGUCUCGUUAACAUCGUCCUACUACUUUGCUCAAAACUCUCAAUAUCUUCAAACACACAAUCAUUUAAUCUAUUGCGCAUUUGUAAUGAUUUGGUCUCCGCAAAAUCAAUUCCUCUCUGCGAAAUUAGAGAAAUUAUUUAUAAUUCCCAAAGAAAUACGCACGAUGAACUAAUGUCAAUUGAAACAAUCAACGCCAUAUUCGCAUUGUUAGAUAAACUAGAAUUAAAAGAAUCUCAUUCGAAUUCACCACGGCAAUCUUUCAUUUUGCGAUGUUUGAAUAUCAUUGAGUUUGAUUCACCAAUUCGUGAAUAUCUUUAUGAAAAAAUCUUUUCUCAAAAGCCAUUCCCUCUUAUGGGAUCAAUUAUUUUGCGCAUUUUUGAAACUGAAGAAAUUGAACAAGAAGGUGUAUUCUUCAGCCUCAUUGAAAACCCUCAGGAGACUUUAAAGAUGUCCAGCAGAUUGCAAGUAAUCAACGAAUGCCUGAAAAAAGGUGACAUCAAUUCACAAAUGGCGACAUUAUGUGUUGAUACAAUACAAAAAGGAUUUUUUGUUGCAUUUGGAAUUCAUGAUCUGGCAUCGAGAUUUCAUCAAGCCAUAGAAACCUUGUGUGAUCCCAAGAAUUCCGAGCCUUUACAGUUAUUGUCAUCUAUUGCAUAUUUCAAAGAAUUUGUCCACAAGUUUUGGCGAUCGAUAGAUUCUUUCGAAAAUUCAUUAAAUCAGGAGGUUCAAUUUACUUUCAUGGAAACUGAACAAACCGUCAAUUUAAUCGAAGACAUCACUCAAUCUUUAUUCCUUCCCAAUCCAUUGAUACACUCUUUAGCGGUCUACUUUUUAAAAGAGUUGCGAUCUAUUAGAUUUUCAAUAGAACAAAUCAAACAGUUUUCUCAGGUUCAACAAAGACUUUUGCCCUGGAUUUCUGAACUUCCUUGGAGUAAUGAUACCAACCGAACCAGACUUCCAAUUAAUCCUUUUUGGACAUUAGAUGCUUACACCGAGGCAGAAAAUGCAUAUAGGUUUUCAUAUACAGUCUUUAAUAAUUCCCGACUCGACACUUUACUUAAAAGUCUUUUGCAAAGUCAGAGAGUUGAUGAACGCGUUGCUUUUAUUGGGCUGCUUCUCGCGAGAUUGCAUUCACCUCGAAUUAUAGCUGAAGAAUUGCAACAUUGCGAAAAACGAAUAUAUACCCAUUUGAGUGAUCAAAUAAAACCAAUGAAUCUCUCACCCGUCUAUAAGGAGACCAUCAUGAAAUUGCUCGAUAAUAAACAUCCUUUUAUUCACCUAAACCCGCAAGCUGAAGAUUCCCGAUUGCUCUUGGUCUCUGUAAUUACGCACAUAAUCGCUGUUAACGCGUCUCUCCCUCCGGAUCAUUCACCAUUAAGCUUUUAUUUACAUCGGUUACAAGAGUGCCAAAAGUCUUACAUUUUAACAUGUCCUUCGGAUUUGGAAUCCAUGUUUUUAAAUGUUCUUCUUAAUUCUACUCACAGAUUAGAUAGUAGAACUGGGCUCACUCGAUAUAAAUGUAGAUGUGGUUAUAUAUAUUAUAUUGGUAACUGUGGUCUGCCAGGAAGUGAUGAUGAUAAAUCGGUAUGUCCCGAGUGCAAAACAACCCUCGGAGGCAUAGAUCAUAAAGUACCCGAAGGACAUGUAAAAUUAGAUGCAGCUCCAUUAAGACAGAAUUUACAAGAAGAUCAAGUUGGAUAUAUUGUGGAAACUUGUAACACGGUUCAAUCCUCAAGUGUACGCGCCAUGAUUCCAGCGUCAUAUCGUAUUUUGCAUUUGUUUAUUCACGUGAUAUUUGGAAUAUCAAUUCCACCACCUAUUGCAAAAACUUUCUUUGUUGAUGUUCCAGACCCAGUUCAAUAUUGUCUGGAUCACAUUAAAAAUGACUGGGAGAUAUUAAAGCGAAUUUUUAAUUGCUCUGAUGAAAUACUGGCUCUAUUACUUCAUGCUAUUCUUUUCAAAAUGCUCAAAGAACCAAAGCUAGACCCAGUGAAGCUCAAUACAGCUGAUGAGAGAGUUCAGUGGGAGCGCUUUUUUACAAACGAGUUAGUUGUUCCACUAGAGAUCUCCGAAACAAUCGAAAUAAGUGAACAAUACAGUCAAGAAUAUUUGCCGAGACUUUGGCGAAAGGUUCGCGAUACAACAUAUGAAAAUUUACAUGCAUAUUUUACUUCGAAUCCACAAAAUUCUGUGAAAUAUCCAUUCCUUGAUUUAUUUUUCAAGUAUGAGGAAAGAUUGAGACUCAUAAAGAAUAUUAGGCCAAUAAUUAAAUUUGUUCAACUACUUUCAAAGCAAUUAAGCCAUCGUAUCACUCGAAAAGAAGCUCGGGAGCUAACCUUUCAAGCUUUUAUUAAUAAAUCAGAUGAAAAUGAAUCUCGCAGUUUGGAAACUGCAUUUACUGGCUUCAAAGACGCGUGGAAUUCUGUAAUCCCUUACGUCACACGUUUUCAAUGCCACGAUCUAGAGCAGAAACCUGCAAUUAAUGAAGAGUUUUCUAUUGUCUAUGGCUUAAUAGAACCUAAAGGGGAAUCACAAUACCUUUGUGCUAUAUUGGAUGUUUUGGUUAGCAUACAAAAUGAAUUUUUGCAAGAAGUGGUCACAAUUCCACCCGGAAGUUGUUCUUCUUUACGAUUCUUGGAAACAGAAGGGAUCCGUGAACAAGACUUUGAUACGCUAUCAACUUCCGCAACAGCAACACAUGAUCGAUAUAUUCUGUAUUAUCUAAAAACUUUGAGACUUGAGAAUAUUCGUCCAUCUAAUAUCAUUAAUCAUGAAUGGGAUGAUGCGAUACUUGAAUUUAGUCAAAGAAAACUUGAAGUUCUUCAUGGAGAAGAGAUUGAAUACGAUUUACACAAAAUGGAAAUGGAAUUGGCGCGUAAAUUGGUCUUUGACAAAGUUUACAUUGAAGCAAUUGAUGUGAAUUUAUAUCUUGAAAACUUCCUUUACCAUAUGGAAUCAUUCCAUCAAUCAAUGACAUUAAUAAACGAGGUCAAAGUGUUAUUACCACAAGAACCAAUUCCAAUUCAAAUAAAACGUAAUUAUAAUGGACAAGAGGGUUCCCUAUCAUUCGAAACUCCAUCAGAUCUUCGUUCUUCACUGGAAAUUCUUUUAUGCUUUGUGAAGCGUACUGCUAUUGAUGAUCGCGACAUGCUUAUAGCCGAAUAUAUAAAACAAUGGAUGAGUAAAUCAUCAAUCUCCGAGAAUAAAAUUUUCCAAGUGGGAAUGCAACUUAAACAUAUAGUCGAUUUAUACGAGUUAGUCGAAGAUAAAGUUGCCGAUCUGAUGGUCGAUUCUGUCGAUAACAAGUAUAAAUCAAAAAUAUCUGCAGAUAUUGAAUUUGCGAUUAUGAACAUAGUCGAAUUUGAAUCAAUGACACAACAUCAAUCCAAACAAAUCAAAAAACAAUUCCCCGCAGCAAUGGUUGCCACUGCAUUGAAACGAUUUAUUGUACGACAUCUUUCUGAUGACCAAAUUAAUGCGAAUGUUCCGCUUUCAUCUUAUCUGUGUAAUGCUUCGCUCAAUUUAUGGCCACCUGAGAUCUCCGAGGAAUUGUUAGAUGAAAUAGGUGAAAAUGAAAUAUUUCCGAAUGAGUUACUCGUUGAGCAUACUUACGAAGUUUAUCAAUUUAUCAGAGUUAAAUUACAGAAUGAGGCAAUGAAACGCCGAGUUAGAGAGGAAAAUAUCAAGAAAACUCGUGCACCUCUUUCCACCUCUUCUCACGCAUCUCCCUCUCGUAAUAAUGUUAAUCGAAAGAACAGGAACGGGAGGAAUAAGUGGGACCGGCUGUAA